AUGAAGAAAAGGAGGCGGCACGCGGCAAAUCUAAGUGAAAAGGUUCAUCUCGGCCAUGAGAAGGACGCUGCGAACCAGAUCCUUGUGGUAGGCUGCGAGCAGGGAAUUGUGUCUGCGCCUGCAGAAGCAGCCCCUGCAGAUCACCUUGAGUCUUCUCCAGAACUCUCACCAUCAUCAGAACAAAGAAAGCUCCUCAGCUCAUUGCAGUACAACAAAAAUCUCCUGAAGUACCUAAAUGACGAUAGACAGAAGCAUCCGUCAUUUUGCGAUUUACUCAUAAUUGUAGAAGGCAAAGAAUUUAGUGCUCACAAAGUUGUAGUGGCUGUUGGAAGUAGUUAUUUUCAUGCCUGUUUGAGCAAAAAUCCAAGCACUGAUGUUGUCACGUUAGAUCAUGUAACUCAUUCUGUCUUUCAGCAUUUACUUGAGUUUCUGUACACCUCUGAGUUUUUUGUAUAUAAAAAUGAAAUUCCAUUAGUGCUGGAAGCAGCAAAAUUUUUAGAUAUCAUCGAUGCUGUCAAGCUACUAAAUAACGAGAGUGUUUCUAACAUACAAUCUGAAGUGGUAACUGAUGCCCCGACGCCAGUAGAAACACUCAAUGAAUUGACUGGUAAACUGUUAAAUAGUCACCAGUGCAGUUUUUGUGGACGAAACUUCUGUUACAAGAAGUCCUUAGAAAAUCACUUGACUAGGGCCCACAGAUCUCUUUCACUGGAAAGAAAACAUGGGUUAAAAAUGGUUGAGAAGGCUGAUUUUUCCACUAGGCGAUCUACAAGAAACCGUAAAUGUCCAGCUAAGUUUGAUAACAGUGACAAUGAAAGUGGUGACUUUUCUGACAGCAAUUUGGAAAAAGUCAGCUCUGACAAGGACAUGUCAGAUAGAAGCGAAUCUGAAGACAGUGAAAGUGACUGCAAUGCUGAUGAAGAAGGACAGGAAGAGGAGGCAUCAGGUGAAGAAGAUUCAGAGACUGAAGAGCAAAGUGAGAAAGAGCAUAAUGAUACAGAAGAAGGUUCCGAGGCAGUUGAUUUGGUGGGAAAUAUUCCUGAAGGCUUAGCUCCAGUAAUUAUUCAAACCAGUAGCAAAAAACUACUGCAGUGUCCCAAGUGUGACAAAAAAUUUGAUCGAAUAGGCAAGUAUGAGAGCCAUACACGUGUACACACGGGUGAGAAGCCUUUUGAGUGUGAUAUAUGCCAUCAGCGCUAUUCAACCAAGUCCAACUUGACAGUGCACAGAAAGAAACACUCUGGUGAUACUGACUUUCAUAAAAAGGAGCACAAAUGUCCCUACUGCAAUAAGCUGCAUGCAAGUAAGAAGACUUUAGCAAAACAUGUGAAGAGGUUUCAUCCAGAGAAUGUACAAGAAUUUCUUUCUCUCAAGAAGACAAAGAGUGAAGGUUGGAAAUGUGAUAUUUGUAAGAAAUCUUUCACUCGAAGACCCCAUUUAGAAGAACAUAUGAUUCUUCACUCUCAGGAUAAACCCUUCAAGUGUACCUACUGUGAAGAGCACUUUAAAUCACGAUUUGCAAGAUUGAAACAUCAAGAAAAAUUCCAUCUCGGGCCUUUUCCUUGUGAUAUCUGUGGCCGUCAGUUUAACGACACGGGGAAUCUGAAGCGCCACAUAGAAUGUACUCACGGAGGAAAGAGGAAAUGGACAUGUUUCAUCUGCGGCAAAUCCGUUAGGGAACGCACAACUUUGAAAGAACACUUGAGAAUUCAUAGUGGAGAGAAGCCUCAUCUUUGCAGUAUUUGCGGGCAGAGUUUUCGUCAUGGAAGCUCUUACAGGCUUCAUCUAAGAGUCCACCAUGAUGACAAGAGAUAUGAAUGUGAAGAAUGUGGGAAAACCUUUAUUCGGCAUGACCAUCUGACAAAACACAAAAAAAUACACUCAGGUGAAAAAGCACAUCAGUGUGAGGAAUGUGGAAAGUGUUUUGGUCGUAGAGAUCACCUCACUGUUCAUUAUAAAAGUGUUCAUCUAGGGGAAAAAGUUUGGCAGAAAUACAAAGCAACAUUUCAUCAAUGUGAAGUCUGUAAGAAAGUUUUUAAAGGGAAAUCAAGUUUGGAAAUGCAUUUUAGGACACAUUCAGGUGAGAAACCAUACAAAUGUCAAAUCUGUAAUCAGUCUUUCAGAAUUAAGAAGACGUUAACAAAACACAUGGUUAUUCAUUCAGAUGCUCGACCUUUUAAUUGCCAGCAUUGCAACGCAACAUUUAAACGAAAAGACAAGCUGAAGUAUCAUAUUGAUCACGUGCACGGAACGAAGGCUGCAGAGGAGGCGCUGACAUCUUCUUCAGAGGAAAAGCUAGUUUCCGUACCAGUCCAGUACACGUCUGAUGACAAAGUUUACCAAACGGAGGAUAAAGAGUAUGUGGAACAGUCAAAAGCAUAUCAAACAGAAGCUAAAAGUUUGCUGCAGAAUGUAGCUCCAGAAGUGUGCGUGCCGGUGACAUUGGUGCCCGUUCAGAUGUCUGAGCCGCCCGCGGCUCUGGUGCAGCACCCUGCUCAGCCACACGCCAUGCUCCCUGCCCAGCCCGAGCAGGCGGACUAUCAGCGAGCCCCGGAUUUAUCAUUUUUGGAGAAAUACACCCUCACUCCACAACCUGCAAAUAUUGUUCAUCCUGUAAGGCCCGAGCAAAUGUUGGAUCCCAGAGACCAGUCAUAUCUUGGAACUUUACUGGGGCUAGAUGCAGCUCCUACUGUGCAAAAUAUUUCAAACAAUGAACAUUCAUGAUCUGACCAUAACAUUCCACCUAACUUUCUAAGCCAUUAGCCAACAGAAGGCUGAUAUGGCAAUCAAGAUUUAUAUUUCAUUUGGACUCAUGAGUCUUCUGCAUAGUUUUGGAAAAACAGGUUUGUUUACAUAAUAUUUGAACAUAUAGGCACACUUUUAUGCAUAUCAAGAGAGUGUUUCUUGUUAAGAGUUUUUAAAAAGC